AUGGAGAAUAUCAGUCAUAUCACUGAUUGUAUCGAAGACAGUGAAGCAAGCCAAGUAAGUUCAGACGGUGAAAUUACUGAAGAUUGUCGUGGAAAUGACUCAAAUGAGUUGCAAGCUUGCGAAGAGGGUGAUCAACAACAGGUGUUACGGUUGGAAAGCACAGAUAGACGCAUAGAAAAUGUUACGAACCCGUCUAAAAAACUGUUUCCGAGUAAAAGCAAACGUGAAAGUUGUCACAUAUGUCGAAAAGAGAUGCUACUUCAAAAUUUAAAAGACCACAUGAAAAAUGCCCAUAACUCUACAGAAGUAAGAGUACUUGGACAGAAGUCGCUUAUAGAACUAUUUGGGAAUAAAGUCAAAGAUAACAAUGUCAAACGGAAACGUGGCCAUGGUGAUGUAGACGAAGAGCCUCUGUUCAAAACUGCUAAAACGGCCGACUUGUCAAUGUCAAUAUCAUCUGGUUCAACACCGCCUGGUUUUGAAAAUACAGCCGACGAAAGUACCGCGAAAGUAACGCUCAGCGCCUCCGGAGAGGACAAUUUCGCAGAAAGCAAAUCCUCAGUUGCAUCUAAGCUUGACGAAAUACUGACAACUGUAAAGAACUUAGAAAAUCGCAUGUCCUGCUUGUCCAUCACACCCUCACCGGAAACGGUGGCUGUGGAGUCUGAGCUUCCUACAGUUACAGAAAGAAAGUCAGCAAGGUGAGCUUUUCCCUAAAUCAAAUAAGCAGUGACAUAGCUAUAGGAACCGGGGCAUAGGACUAUAGGAGGUACAUCCACUCCCCAACGUUUCUAAUUCAAAGUUCCGCGCUAAAGUUUAAACAAUGUCAAUGGGGAACUCUCUAACUUGAAGUUGUUUCCUGUGCCCAUGCAUUAAUUGUAUACGUACGGACUUAUAUCAGUUAUGUGAAUUAUUUUACAGUAGCUAUAUACUUUCCAAUGUUUUCUCAAGUUUUAACUUUAUUUUUACUUUUAGAUCGCUUUUUGAUUUAAUUCAGCUUCCAGAGUUUGAGUAUGACGACAUCGAAGGAGUUGUUAUAUGUUCCAUAUGUAAUCCACCCAAUGAACCAAAAGAAGUAAAUUUUCUCGGAAGAACCGGCGUAUUUAUGUAUAGUAACGAUUCGCAAAAAACAUUUGAGAGCGAUGAAAAAAUGUCAAGACAGUUUCGGAAUUUGAAAACUCACUUGUUUGACCACCUUCAAACUCCAACCCACCUCGAGAAACAAAAAGAGAUUACAGAUGUUGAGACUGGAAAGCAAGAGUUUGAAUCAAGAAACAGGAAGGUUGGCAUGAGAUGUGCCCGUACAAGCUAUUUACUUUAUAAGACUGCUAGGCCGUAUAGUGAGUACGAACAGCUUGUUACUUUAGAAAGUCACAAUGGCUGUGAUAUGGGUAACAUCAACCAUUCACGUAAGUUCCCGUAAGUUCCCUGCUGAAAUUUUGCCAUUCCUCGCAGAUGAGACGAAGGCACGUGUUAAAAAAUUCUUAUGUACACCUCUUGUACAGACUGGUUUUCUUCCUCCUGUUAAAAUUAUUGCUGACAAGGAUACAAAGAAGCAUCGUACAAGUCAGGUAGUUCUUUUGGUUACGUAAGAUUGUACCUGAUGCCGCAGAGUUGAUACAGUACAUCUAUCUUGACCAUCCAAUUGUAAAGAAACACACUGGGAAGGACGUUGCUGCAUCAAUAACAAAUGUUCUUCAAAACUAUAUUGUUGCUGGACAGUUUGAAGGUGGUGGAUUUGAUGGUCAGUAUUUUCAUCUUGGCGUUCCAGAAUAUGUCAACGCACAUUAUGAGAUUGACUAUUCAGAUACGUACUAUGACUGGGACGUUCUUCAUUGCUGUGGCCUUGUUAACACUCGUCUUCGAAAACUUGAGCAGUUCCAGUGGCUUUCCAACAUCACCAACACUGUUUCCUCUAUUUUCAAAUUGUUCAACUGGGGAAAAGGCUACGAGGAGCUAGUUGAAGCAUGUGAUCGUUUGAAAUUAGCUAUACAGAAUCCACAGUUCUUUUGUGAAACGAGGUUUGCUAAUUCUGUACGGAAGGUCUAUGGAAACUUUUUGGCUGAUCUAUCAGCCAUCAUUGCCUGCGUGGAGAAUACGAAAUUUGAGAUGCAUGACGGUGAUGCGAGCGAAAGAGAGAAGGCCCAGAAAGCGGAGCAGUAUCAAGUGAAAAUCCAGAACAAGAGUUUUUCUCUGCUUAUUUCUGGAUUGGCGGAUAUCUAUGAACAGUAUGGGGUCUUGGUCUCAGAAGUUCAAAAAGUGAACCUGCUACCAUUUCAGCGAUUUGACAAGUUUACAGGUCACAUGGAGAAAAUGAAGAAAAUGGUCAAGUGCCUUUCAGAUCACCACAACUGCGGGAGGGACAAAUGCUUCUGGCCACAUUAUCACAAGAACAAACCAGGCAUUCUUAACGGCCAGUUUGUUGGCACUCAGAUUAUAGAGGAUCACGAAGAACAGCAUGUUCAUAACACGAGGAGAGCCCGGCAACAAGAAGCAGAUAAUGCCACCACAAGCCCCGCCAUGGCCGCGGAAAGGAAACUCGCUGACUUGACAACCCAACUUGUGAAAGGUUUCAGGGAAGACGUUUAUAGCGAAGUGCCUUGGAAAUGGUUGAAAGUACAAGAUUUUUGA